CAGAGAGAAAGGACGAGAAGGAGGAAGCUGAGGAUAUGAUGUCAGAGACGAGGAGAGAGGAAAAGGGCGAGAAAGAUGAGGAGAUGGAGGAGGCAGUUAAUGAGGAGAAGGAGAAACACCAUGUGGAGGUGGAGGAGAUGGAGGAGGCAGUUAAUGAGGAGAAGGAGAAACACCAUGUGGACGUGGAGGAGGCAGUUAAUGAGGAGAAAGAGAAAGACCAUGUGGAGAUGUACCAUGUGGAGGUGCAGGAGGAAGUUAAUGAGAAGGAGAAAGACCAUGUGGAAGUAGAGGUGGAGGAGGAAGUUAAUGAGAAGGAGAAAGACCAUGUGGAGGUGCAUAUGGAGGAGGAGGAAGUUAAUGAUGAGGAGGAGAAAGACCAUGUGAAGAUGGAGGUGGAGGAAGUUAAUGAUAAGAAGGAGAAAGACCUUGUGGAAGUGGAGGUGGAGGAAAUUAAUGAUGAGAAGAAGAAAGACCAUGUGGAGGUGCAGGUGGAGGUGGACCAUGUGGAGGUGCAGGAGAAGAAGGAGGAGGAGGAGCUGGAGAGUGAGGAGGGUCUGGCCCAGCAGAAAGAGGAUGGGCAGAGAGAAGAAGUGGAUGUGGAGAAAGAGGAGGGAGAACAGGCUGCCAUGGAGAUUGAUGAUGCGGAGGUAGCGGAGGAGAGGAAGGACAAUGGAGGAGUGGAGAUGAUGUCAGCCGUCUCUCAGGUGGCUCUACAUGAUGAGGACCAAACAGAAGACAUGGGCACCAUGGAGGAAAGGAGCCCUGAAUUGGCUUCAACCGACUCUCAGGAGAUGAAGACGAGGAAGAAAGCAAGAAGGGGCAGAAGAGGACAGAAGAAGACAGCUGAGCGCACACCGGCACUGGUCAUGGAGACUGACCGGCUCAGAUAGGGGCAACCUCAGCAUAGCCAUGUCCAGCAGGCACAGGCAGGACAGAGGAGAGCCGUCAGAGGAGGAGGACCUGCGCCCAGGAGGGGACCCUGGACAUAUGAGAGUCCAGAGCGCAGGUACCAGGAACAGGACAGAAGAGGACGGAGGGGAGGCCAGAUGUGGUGGCCAGAGAGAGGAGGAGGAGGGAGAGGAGUAAG